CCUUCUUCUUUUGAGUUCUUUCCCCCUUCUUCUCUUCUUCCCUCGAGGUGAAUACGUUUAGUUGAGAACGUUCUAGAAGGUUGGGCCAUUGCAUUCUCACCCUUGUCAUUGAUUUUGCCGUCACGUUCUGUCUAGAAAGAGCAUUUGAAUAGAGCUUAGAGAAUGAAGUACGUUGUUGUUUCUGGUGGUGUCAUCAGCGGUAUCGGUAAAGGUGUCCUAGCAUCCUCUACAGGGCUGCUGCUGAAGACGCUCGGCUUGAAGGUCACUGCUAUCAAGAUUGACCCGUACAUGAACAUUGACGCUGGUACCAUGUCGCCAUUAGAGCACGGAGAGGUUUUCGUGCUGAACGAUGGUGGUGAGUCAGACUUGGAUCUGGGUAACUAUGAGCGUUACAUGAACAUCACCCUGACCAGGGAUCACAACAUCACCACUGGUAAGGUCUACUCGCAAGUGAUUGAGAGGGAAAGAAAGGGUGAUUACUUGGGGAAGACGGUCCAGGUUGUUCCUCAUUUGACCAAUGCCAUCCAGGACUGGAUUGAGAGGGUCUCCAAAAUCCCAGUUGACGACACUGGUCUGGAGCCGGACGUUUGUAUCAUCGAGCUUGGUGGUACCGUUGGUGAUAUCGAAAGUGCUCCUUUCGUGGAGGCGCUUAGACAGUUUCAGUUCAGAGUUGGCCGUGAUAACUUUGCCCUAAUGCACGUCUCUCUGGUGCCUGUGAUUCACGGUGAACAGAAGACCAAACCAACUCAGGCUGCAAUCAAGGAUCUGAGAUCUCUGGGUUUGACUCCGGAUGUUAUUGCGUGCCGUUGUUCCGAUAAGCUGGAGAGACCAACCAUCGAGAAGAUCUCCAUGUUCUGUCAUGUUGGUCCAGACCAGGUCAUUGCAGUCCACGAUCUGAACUCUACCUAUCACGUUCCAUUGUUGUUGCUGGAACAGAAGAUGACCAAGUACUGGACCCAGAGAUUGAGAUUGGACACGCUCAACAUCUCAGAAGCCGAUGCUUCGAAGGGUGCUGACUUGCUUCACAGAUGGAGGGAGCUUACCACGUCCUAUGACAGAUCUUACGAGACCGUCAAGAUUGCGCUGGUGGGUAAGUAUACGCAUUUGAAAGAUGCUUACACGUCUGUCAUCAAGUCCUUGGAGCACUCUUCCAUGAGAUGUCGUCGUCGUCUUGAGAUCAUUUGGGUCGAAGCCACUGAUUUGGAGCCAGAGGCCAGUGAGAGCGAUAAGAUCAAGUUUCACAAGGCAUGGCACGACAUGUGCUCUGCUGAUGGUAUUCUCGUUCCAGGUGGUUUCGGUCAACGUGGUACUGAAGGUAUGAUGAGCGCUGCUAAAUGGGCCAGAGAGAACAACAUCCCAUACUUGGGUGUGUGUCUGGGAUUCCAAGUGGCCUCCAUCGAGUUUGUCAGAUCUGUUGUCGGGAUUGAGCAUUCCAACUCUCAAGAGUUUGUCCCAGAGUUGACAGAGGACGAAGCCACUGUUGUGUACAUGCCAGAGAUCGACAAGGAGAAGCUGGGAGGCACCAUGAGACUCGGUCUGCGUCCAACUGUUUUCCAGACCGACAAGUCUGUUCUGAAGAAGUUGUACGGUAACUUUGAUCAGAUCGAGGAGAGACACCGUCAUAGAUACGAGAUCAAUCCAAAGCUCAUAUCCACAAUCGAAGCACAUGGUUUGAAGUUUGUGGGUAGGGACGAGACUGGCCAGAGAAUGGAGAUCUUCGAGUUGGAGAACCACCCGUUCUUUGUGGGCACCCAGUACCAUCCUGAGUACAUGUCCAAGGUUCUGGACCCAUCCAAGCCCUUCUUGGGCCUCGUUGCUGCGUCUGCCGGUAUGCUGGAUGAGAUCGCUAAUGGUGCACCAAGCGCUUCAAAGACCGACUUCUAAC